AUGCUGACCCACCUGUUCAGGAUACACGGCCUCUUUGUGGCCUCCCACCCCUGGGAGGUGAUCGUGGGGACGGUCACGCUCACCAUCUGCAUGAUGUCCAUGAACAUGUUCACCGGCAACGACCAGAUCUGCGGCUGGAACUACGAGUGCCCCAUGCUGGAGGAGCAAAUUCUAAGCAGCGACAUUAUCAUCCUAACCAUCACCCGGUGCAUAGCCAUUGUGUACAUCUACUUCCAGUUCCAAAAUCUACGACAGCUUGGUUCAAAGUAUAUCUUGGGCAUUGCUGGUCUUUUCACAAUAUUCUCCAGUUUCGUGUUCAGCACUGUAGUGAUUCACUUCCUGGAUAAAGAACUCACAGGCCUUAAUGAAGCUUUGCCUUUCUUCCUGCUGCUGAUUGACCUUUCCAAAGCAUGUGCCCUUGCCAAGUUUGCCCUCAGCUCCAACUCUCAGGAUGAAGUGAGAGACAAUAUUGCCCGUGGAAUGGCCAUCCUGGGUCCCACAUUCACUCUGGAUGCUCUUGUGGAGUGCCUGGUGAUUGGAGUCGGCACCAUGUCAGGUGUCCGUCAGCUGGAGAUCAUGUGCUGCUUCGGCUGCAUGUCCGUCCUGGCCAACUACUUCGUCUUCAUGACCUUCUUCCCUGCCUGCGUCUCCCUGGUGCUGGAGCUGUCCCGGGAGAGCAGGGAGGGGCGCCCCAUCUGGCAGCUGAGCCACUUCGCCCGCGUCCUGGAGGAGGAGGAGGACAACAAGCCCAACCCCGUCACCCAGAGAGUCAAGAUGAUCAUGUCUCUGGGCCUGGUUCUGGUCCACGCUCACAGCCGCUGGAUUGCAGAGCCGCCUUCCAGUAACAGCACAGUGGAGGUACCCAGAAUGGGCCUGAGCCUGGGAGACAGCAUCCCCAAGAGGAUCGAGCCAGAGAAGCCUCUGUGGCAGUUCUACCUGUCCAGGAUGAUCAGCAUGGACAUCGAGCAGGUGAUCACCCUGGGGCUGGCCCUCUUCUUGGCCAUCAAGUACAUCUUCUUCGAGCAGGCAGAGACCGAGUCCUCCCUGUCCCUGAAGAACCCCAUCACCACCCACUCGCUGGCCCAGAGGCGGGGCCAGGACGAGUGCUGCAGGAAGGAGCCGGCCUUGCCCCGGUCCCCACAGAAGAUUGCCGCGCCGAUGGUCGAGGCCACCAAAGAAGAGAAAGCCGAGGUGAUCCGCCCUCUGCCUGCGGUGAAAGAGCCAAAGAGCACCUUUGUGUUGGGGGAUGAGGAUUCGGCACUGGAGCCGCCCACCGACCCGCUGCCAAAGCUGCCCACAGAGCCCCGGUCCAUCGAGGAGUGCGUGGCCAUCCUGAAAAACCCAGAGCUGGGCGCCAGGCACCUGAGUGAUGUUGAGGUGAUGUCUCUGGUGAACUCCAAGCACAUCCCAGGGUACAAGCUGGAGGCCAUGAUGGAGACCCCCGAGCGCGGGGUGGUCAUCCGCCGAAAGAUGCUCACCUCCAAACUGCCCAGCGCCUCGGCCCUCACGCACCUGCCUUACAGGGACUACGACUACUCUAAGGUGAUGGGGACCUGCUGUGAGAAUGUGAUUGGCUACAUGCCUGUCCCGGUGGGCGUGGCUGGACCUCUACUCUUGGAUGGGAGGCAGUUCCAGGUCCCCAUGGCAACGACCGAGGGGUGUUUAGUGGCCAGCACCAACAGAGGAUGUCGUGCCGUUGCUCUGGGUGGUGGCGCCAGCAGCCGGAUCCUGGCGGACGGAAUGACCCGAGGCCCCGUGGUGCAGCUUCCCUCGGCGUGCCAGGCCGCGGAGGUCAGGGCCUGGCUGGAGAGUCCAGAGGGCUUCCAGAGCAUCAAGGAGGCCUUCGACCACACCAGCAGGUUUGCCCGCCUGGAGAGGCUGCUGAUCGGACUCGCGGGCCGUAACCUGUACAUUCGCUUCCAGUCCAAAACUGGAGACGCCAUGGGGAUGAACAUGAUCUCUAAGGGCACAGAGCAGGCCCUCGCCCGGCUCCAAGAGGAGUUCCCCGAGCUGCACGUCUUGGCGGUCAGCGGGAACUUCUGUACGGACAAGAAGCCAGCCGCCAUCAACUGGAUCGAGGGCCGCGGGAAGUCCGUAGUGUGCGAGGCCACCAUCCCCGCUAAAGUGGUCAAAGAGGUUUUGAAGACCACCACAGCAGCUCUAGUGGACGUCAACAUUAACAAGAACCUGGUGGGGUCCGCCAUGGCUGGCAGCAUCGGGGGCUUCAACGCACAUGCGGCUAACAUUGUGGCAGCCAUUUACAUCGCCUGCGGUCAGGACCCAGCCCAGACGGUGGGCAGCUCCAACUGCAUCACCCUGAUGGAGGCCACAGGCCCCGCCGGAGAGGACCUGUACAUCAGCUGUACCAUGCCCUCCAUCGAGCUGGGCACCGUGGGGGGCGGCACCAACCUGCCCCCCCAGCAGGCCUGUCUGCAGAUGCUGGGUGUGCAGGGGGCCAGCCAGGACUCGCCCGGGGAGAACGCCCGGCAGCUCGCCCGCGUGGUGUGCGGCACCGUGCUCGCCGGAGAGCUCUCCCUGAUGGCCGCGCUUGCCGCCGGACACCUGGUCAAAAGCCACAUGGCUCACAACAGGUCAAAAGUAAAUCUUCAGGAAAGCGUAGGAACGUGCACCAAGAAGGCCUCGUGAGAAGUGAAUGGGGACGUGAGGAGGAGUUAACGGACGGCCAGUGGGGAGAGACGCCCACCAUGCUGGGAGCAAGCCUGCUUAUAUCCAGUGUCAAUGUCACAUUCCAACCUGCCAAACGCAGAGGGGAAGCAUCCAAUCUGGCCAAUACGCAUAAGCUGCAAUGAUUAACUGUACCAUUUCAUGGCUUCCUGGAUGAUUUUCUGGUAACCGAAUGUGGUUUUGUCAAGCGUCACCGUCUCUGCACUGUUUAAAAGACUGAUCACUGUUGGAAUCUGCCUUUCUCUAAGAAUGUACCCAGACAGGUUUUGUUUUAUGAACAGGGUCCAUACGGUACGACUUUUUUUUUUUUAACUAUUAAAUU